AUGGCUUCAACGGAGUCACCGUUCAAAUCCGACAUAUUGAAAGGAAAAGUAGCGCUCAUAACAGGCGGAGCAUCGGGAAUCGGGUUUGAAAUAUCAACACAAUUAGGGAAACAUGGUGCUUCCGUCGCUCUCAUGGGUCGUCGUAAACAAGUUCUUCAAUCCGCUGUUUCUGUUCUCCAAUCACUUUCAAUCCCAGCCGUUGCUUUUGAAGGUGAUGUAAGGAAGCAAGAAGAUGCCGCCAGAGUUCUCGAAUCCACUUUCAAGCGUUUCGGUAAGAUCGAUAUUCUUGUUAAUGCUGCUGCUGGUAAUUUCCUUGCUGCGGCUGAGGAUCUCUCCCCAAAUGGAUUUCGAACCGUUUUGGAUAUUGAUUCUGUUGGCACAUUCACUAUGUGCCAUGAAGCACUUAAAUAUCUCAAGAAAGGGGGACCAGGACGGGACUCUUCUAGUGGUGGAGCAAUAAUUAACAUUAGUGCUACCUUGCAUUAUACAGCUUCUUGGUAUCAAAUUCAUGUAUCUGCAGCAAAGGCAGCUGUUGAUGCCACAACAAGAAACUUGGCACUGGAAUGGGGAACAGAUUAUGAUAUUAGAGUCAAUGGGAUUGCACCAGGUCCAAUAAGUGGCACUCCUGGCAUGAGUAAGCUGGCUCCUGAAGAAUUAGGUAGCAAAGCCAGAGAAGAAAUGCCUCUAUUUAAAAUUGGGGAGAAAUGGGAUAUUGCAAUGGCUGCUCUCUACCUAGUAUCAGAUGCAGGAAAAUUCAUUAAUGGCGACACUAUGAUAAUUGAUGGUGGACUUUGGCUGAGCAGCCCUCGUCAUAUACCGAAGGAGGCAGUGAGGCAAGUAUCACGUGCACUAGAAAAGAAAUCCAGAAGUGAACCGGUUGGUGUUCCCAAAAGCAAGUUGUGA